AUGCUAAUCUUAUGCUUUGAGUUGAUAUCUAAUGUUUUUUGUCUCAACCAGGCUAAAUCUAAGAUUAAUAUACCGUAUAUAGCACCUGAUAAAAAUCGCAAAAACAAGGGCACUGUUAUACUGGACGGAUCAAAAGAUGGCAACGGGGAGCUUCCCUUCGUGGAAAUCGCCAAUGCAGAUGCCUACUUCUACAGGUCCCCCCAAGAGUACAAAGACAACAGCUAUAUCAAAAAGGAACGUGAACUGGAGAGGAUACAGUCAGGAUCGCGAGAACACUUUGACUUUAUAAACGAUCUAAUUGGUAACCUAAAAGCAAGAAUAUGA